AAACCAAAAACACAUUUGUUGUUUUGGUGGAGAGUGGCUUUCAUUAAUUCAUUGGCGAAACUCUAGUCAGCUACAACCUCUUAGGCCUAGCCUCCCACCACCUCCACCUAUAUAUCCCCUUCCUUCAACAAGAGAGAGAGAGAGACACGACUGGGGCAUGUAUCUGAGGGUCUCAGAUACAUACAAAAAGCGUUUCCGAUCUCUGAUUUGGUGAAUGAUUGAUGGGCAGCAUGGAUUGCAAGCUCUGCUUCAAGCGAUUCUCAAACGGCAAAGCCUUGGGCGCUCACAUGCGGUCCCACUACGCCAUCCUCCCUCUUCCCCCCAAGCCCCAUGAACUCACCGAUGACAAAUCCGCCACCUACUCCCUGAGAGAGAACCCCAAGAAGAGCUCCCGCCUCCCGGAUCCCGACUUGCUCGAUGUCCACAGCGACUCGCCGAGAUUCAAGCGCCCGAGAGGAGACGAUCAAGAGGAGGAAGUAACCAAGGCAGAGUUGGAGAUGGAAGAAGGCGAUGUCGCCUUGUGUUUGAUUAUGCUGUCGAGAGAUGUGUGGAGGAAUAAUUCAGACGAUUCGAGUAAGAAAAUCCAUAGAUGCGAGAAAUGUCACAAGGUCUUCAAAUCGUCGCAGGGAUUGGGGAGUCAUAAGGCCAGCCAUUUCAAGAGGAUCAGGAAUUCGUUGCAAGAGAGAGAGGGAGAGGGAGAGGGAGAAGGAGAAGAGAGGGAAUCGGUUGGGGAUCAAGUUCAUGAGUGCGCAUUGUGCCCCAGAAUCUUCAAAUCCGCGCAAGCCCUUGGCGGCCACAAACGAUCGCAUUUUCCGGCGCCCAAAUUCCGGAGGAAUUUGGUGGAUCUUAAUCUGCCUGCUGCAGUCGGAGUUGUAAAUGAAGAAAUUCUUGCUUGAAUCUGUCAAUCAGAAGAAGCCAAGUUUUGGAGAAUAGAGAGAGAGAGAUUUACAUGCAUAUGGUGACUGGUUUGAGGCACAAGAAUCUUGAGUGUCCAGAGCUGCAAGCAUUGUUUUGUGCUUUGUUUCCAGCUGUUAAUAAUUUGGGAUUUCUGAUCUCUGAUCAUCCUGUUCAGUCUGCAAAAAGAACCAUUUUAAAAGUAAGACUUGCUUUCUCUC